AUGAACGGACCCAAAAGAGCGAGAUUGAGCUCGAACGUCCGAACCGAGCCACCUGAGGAAAAUAAUUGUAAUUUUCCAUACAAAACCCGACGGUUUCCAAACUUUUAGCUCCUUCUUCAAUCGAGCUGCAAUCAGAACUAGAACAAGAAGAAGAGCAAGAAGAAGAACAAGAGCAAGAAGAAGAUCUAGAGGAAUAUCAAGAAUCCGAUCCUGAGCCGGACUCUUCCGAUGAGGAACCAGAAGUUGACGUUGGUGCGAGCUUGAAAAGGCUGGGAUACAAAACUGAAGAAAUUUACGAAAGUAACACAGUCUACUUGCGAAAAGUUUCCAAUUAUGGGCUCCAAGUCGUCUGAAAUUCACAACUUUUGCAGAAAGGAAAAAAAGCUGAAGAGUUUUUUCGUACAGACAAGUAUCUGUCGAAAAACUUCUAUCCGUACUGGGUCAAAAGAAGCACGGAAGUACCGAGUGAGUUGUUCAUGGAGUUUUAUGCGGCUUUCACGACUUGAACCAAGUUUGAAAUUCAAAUGGGGUUGCGAAAUCGAAGUAUCUUCCCUAACUAGGAAGGUCAUUUUGCGGUUGGGAGUUCCUUGAAAGUUUAUUGAUGCACCAAAAAAAGAUUCAAAACGUAUUUUCCGGGUUUCGCGGGAUUUUCUAACUUCGAAGUGUCCUUUUUCAAAACCUAGAAAGUUGGGCAGGUAGAGCUUCUCAAGACCUUCUUCUGGUACCUCAAAGAGUGUUCAAUCCAAUUUUAGGCAAAUCUGAAACACAAAGUAAAAUAACCCCCUUGUAAUGUCAUGGUGACAGUUUUUGUCAGCAGUGCAAAUUCGCAAAAUUAGGUCUCAACUGGAGAGAAAAUCUAAAAAAAAAGCACCAAGUCUUAAAUCGUUAUUUCAUUGAUUUAUGCUUGCAUAUCUUGUGAUAGGUCGUUUCAAAUAUUAAUGGAUCCAUCAAAAAAAGAGUGUAAGCAUUUUCACAACAGAUUUGCAAAUUCGCAAGAGACAGCUCUACAGACGGUUUUUCAAUUACAAAUAUAAAUUCUUCGAUGAUCUGCAGUCCUUCUCGCAGGAAACCCUCCAGUAGGUUCUCAAAGAAAUUCGAUACGAAUUCAGUUUACAGAAAUUUCGCUCAGCCCACCGACUUCGACCAUGUCCAAGUAGGACGGCGGAUACUUAAAAAGUGGGUGAAUCCGAAAAAAUGCGAAAGUCAAAAAUUCAAUUCUUUAAAAUUUCAAUGAUGAGAAUAUAUCGAUAAUUUUCUGAAAUAGUUCGAAAAAUUGAAAUGAGGCCUAAUUCGAAGCGGAUUUCAGAGAUAUUACUGGAGGUCAAUCUCGACAUGAGGUCCCUGUGUGUUUGGAAAUCAAUGCGAAGAACUUUGAUAUACCUGAUACGUUUGCCUACAGGAUGGUAUCCCAUGUUUCGAAUACGCUCACCGAAUACCUCGAAGAGUUCACUAAGCUUCGAGAAUCUAUUCAGGUUAGUCUCCAGUGUUUCUACAGACUGUUUCUGGAAUGAAAGACGAUUUUUGCGCAGGGUUUGGAAUGUUCUUUGAAAUCACUCAACCAAUCUUUGAUGAAUUGUGAGCCGAUCUCCCAUAUAGCUGACUCAGGGCUGGCUUGAGCCAUCGAAAAAUGGGUCCUGACACGAAAAAAAAGAGACAGUGUCUGGUUGGUUGAGAAUGCAGACGAGCCACGCCUCCUAGAGUCCCAAGUUAGCCGGGAAUCGGCGAUAGCCGUUAUUUGCGUAAGCUUCUAGUCUUGGAGAUAUGAUUUUUUGGAGUUAUUUUUCAUGAACACAUGACAGCAGUUUAUCAAAGAUGAUUUGAGCAGAUGUGUAGAAAUUUCAAAGCCUACGCAAAAAAAUGACCUUCCAUUUGUAAUACGCUCAAUUCCAUCUGAAAGACCUUUGAAAUAGAUCGUCUUUCUAUCGUAGUCGAAGUUUAAGAUGGUUAUUUUAUUAUUUCAAGUGUAGUUCAAAAUUUUCAGUUUUUCUUUCAAUUGAGGUAUUUGAACACCUGAAGUGUAGACAUACUAUUAAAAAAGGGGUAAUUGAACACUUGAAGUGUAGACAUACUAUCAAAACUUCUAGUAUCAACUUAAUAUAAGCUUUAUGCUCAAACAAAAAAAAAUACGUUUCUUUGGCCAGGCAUUUUUCAAUUUUCAAGAAGCUUCUUGAAAUGCAAUUUGAAGAGCAAGAUGUUAUUCAUAAUGUUCAAUUUAUCGUAUUAAAAGCUUCAAAUGGUCAAUAAGCCCAAAAAAUUUCGAAAAGAAAAUUUUGCUAAAAUCGGAAGUUUGUAAAACUUUCUCACGAAGUUCGAUUUCAUUAAACAUGAACCUAUGGAAAGCUUGAUCGAAAUAUGGUAUAAUAUUUUGAUUUUAUUCUUUUUCCAAGCUGGAUCCGAUCUUGAAAAAAAUCUCACGAGGAUUAAGUUCAUAUAAUUAAAUUUUAAUGAGCCAUUAAAUUUUAAAUUUUCAAAUAUAUUCUUUUUGGUCAAGAUCUUUGUUCUCCGCAUAAAUUAGAAAAAAUAUUUGCACCUCGAUUCAGGUCAUUUGCACAUGCGAAGAGACACUCGAUGGGAACGGUUGUUGGGGGAAUCCAGAUUGUCCCUGCUUCAAACUCAAUGACCGGAUGAAACAACUGCAGAUCACAUCUCCUGAACUACCACCAAUUGACUUUGUACUUUGGUUCACUUUUUCAUCUCAAAACCAAAAAAUCCUCAGAAAACUUAUGGCCCAUGUAUAACGAUGGAUGGUUCAUUGGAUGAUUUCAACACACAAGUUGGUUUCGCGUGCGGAGACAAAUGCUCUUGUAAAGGCAAUUGCGGCAACAAUGUUCUCAAAAUGGUUGCCGAUCCCAUCUACGAGUUUGUUUGACCAUUUUGCAAACUUUUUCCUGUUUUCGGGAUCAAAUAGACUUUUAUAAUAACAGCAUACUUAAUUUGAUGUUAAACUUUGUCCUUGAGGUGAACUAUUUACACGAGCUUUCUCAAUCGGAUUCAGGUUCGAAGUUUUCCGACGGGACAAAAAACUUGGCUUUGGUCUUCGGACUACGAACUUCAUCCCGAUCGGUAAAUUAUUUUUCUAUAUAUUCACCCAACUAUGAGCUUCAACGAGUUUCAGGAUCGCCGGUGCUUGAUUUUGUUGGCGAAAUCCACGAGAAUAAAAAUAAAACUCACUCAUUAUUGCUGCAUGAAUCGAGAAUGGUUCCUUUGUUUAAAAUAAUCGAAAAUAACUUGCCUGAAGACCUUCUGGUUUGGAAGUUCCAGCUUGUCUGAACAGGAAACAUUUUUUUUCUAGAAAUAUUACACAAAUGAUUGGCAUAUCUGCGCAAGCGACUCCUCAAAUGUUUCUCGUUUUAUAAAUCAUGGGUGUUUUCCAAAUGUCGCAAGCUACAGGUUGAAAACAGUGGGUGAUACGAAUAAAGUCUGAGAUUUGUAGAAUCUUCUCGGAGGGACUAGCUCCUCAUCAGGCCCAUUUGGUUCUAUUCGCUCUGGAAGACAUUGCUCCAGGUUCAGAGGUCAGUUGCUCCAUAAUAUUUAUAUGCGUUUAAAGUUUCUUUUUAAGAUUUUCUUGAACUAA